AAACCCCCAAAAUCUGCAAAUCUCUCUCUCUCUGUCCCCAGAUCUGCUUUUGGGAUCCGGGGGUGCCCCGGGGGGCUCCGGGGGUGCUGCACCCGUGGGUGCUCCCGGGGGGUCUCUGGGCGAGGUCAGCAUCCCCCUGGCACUGGGGGUUUGUCCCCUGGGUCCCCUGGCACUGCCCAAGGAGCAGCUGUACCAGCAGGCGCUGCAGGAGGCUGCCUGGCACCACAUGCCGCAUCCAUCGGAUUCAGAGAGGAUCAGAUUCCGAGAGGAUCAGAAAUCCCAAUUUUUGUGUCCCAAACCCCAAAUUUCCCGUCCUAAACCCCGAAUUUUGGCUCCCCAGGGCACCAAGGCUCAGUACCUGGCGGCCAAAGCGCUCAAGAAGCAAUCGUGGCGUUUCCACACCAAAUACAUGAUGUGGUUCCAGCGGCACGAGGAGCCCAAAACCAUCACCGACGAGUUCGAGCAGGGCACUUACAUCUACUUCGACUACGAGAAGUGGGGGCAGCGCAAGAAGGAGGGGUUCACCUUCGAGUACCGUUACCUGGAGGAUCGAGAUCUGCAAUGAACCCCCAAAAAAAAACCCCAAAAAA